AUGACCAGCGCUAAACCAAGAGAUUACAAGGCAUGGUAUUAAAUUCAUGGGCAUUGAGGACAAUGCAAGAAGUUGUUUUUAUUUGUGGUGUUAUCAGUCCAUAGAGGAUAGACUGUUCCCCACUCCUUGACUCUUGAGAUCAUAGGAGGAUGGAAUGCAAAGCUGCAGGGACACAGCUGCUUCACCAUGGUGAUCACCACGGCCUGUAGAGGAGUCCCGGCUUCUGGAGCACCUCCUGCCACUCUUCUCCAGUGCCCAUGGUGUCUCCACAUUGCUUCCCUCACGUGUUCUCACCUCUUUGUCUUCUCUGACUGGGAACAAACUGUGCCUGCCUCACUGCUGUUUUUCAUUUUCUUCUUAAAUACGUUAAAAGAGGAGUUAGCCACAACUCCCAUUGUCCCAGCAACAUGUCCAACUUCUGAGCCAUCAGGGAUUGGCUGUGCUGGACAUGGUAGAAGCUUCCAGCAGCGUCUCAUAGCAGCCACUUCUGCGGGGCCCUCACUAUCAAAAACCAAGCCCUGCAAAACCACAGCAGUCCCCAAGGCCGGGUCUGCUCCAGGCCCAUUCCCGCCUGCCCUACUGGGCUUGGGGUGCCGGGACCGCCCUUGGUGACACGGGCGCUCUGUGUCGGGGCCCUUUGUGACACGGGACAUGGUGGUGGCCAGGGAGCCUUGUGACAUCAGAGAGCCCCGCCAUGGCUGAGGCUUUCUAGGGGCACCGCAGGGCCCGCGGUGCUCAGUCCCGGGAGAGCCACGUUGGCAGGAGGGAGCAACUCCCGGGAUCCAUCAGAGGCAGAGGCCCAGUGCGACGGAUGAGGACAAAGCCGCCAAAGGCAGCCCCGAGUCCCGGUGCCCCGGCCCCGUGCCCAGCUGGCCCCACGCCCAGGCCCUCAGCGGGCAUGGAUGCUGCCUCCAGCACUGGGAACAAAGGCUUGAGCCCAGUGAUGGAGGAGGAGCCCCGGCCUUGUUCCCUGGGGGGGCCUGGCUGCCCUGGCCCCGUGGGCACAGCGGUGGCAGCAGAGGCAGCUGCAGCCCCGGCCAUUGCCUGUCCUGCCCCCGGCAGUCACCUGAGGGCCGAGCCGCCUGCUGCUGCCCUGGCCGGAGCUGCUGGGCAGGAGGAGCCGCCCGAGCCUCUGGCUGUACAGCAGGAGGUAAAGGCACUGCAGUCUUCUGUGGCCAGCAAGGAGCUGCCAUUAGCAGCGACGCAGAGCCUCGUCCCUGGCCCCCAGCGGCCCCCAGGCUGCAGCCCAGCAGUGCGGCACUUGGCUCGGCGCCUCAGCAGCACGGCCGUGUGCCAGGCCCUGCUGCACCUGGAGCAAUGGACGGACGUGGAAACGGGUGAAGCAGCCACAUCGGAAAGGCAGCAGAGCCCCCUCAGCGUCUCGCCCGCCCAGCUGGGAGCCCGCAGUGAGCGGCAGGAGGGGCCAGCGGAGCGGUGGGUGGGGUCUGAGCAAGGCAGCUCCGAGGACUCGGACUGGGACGUUUCCUGGGACGACACCAGCGACGAAGACAUGUCCCAGGAGGAGUAUGCCUCAAACAUGGAGCUGUCCCCUGGGGUCGAGCACGGAGCCCCAGAUCGGGUCCCGAGGGAAGAGGACAUGACCUCCAGCACUUGGAGCAGCGCCUUAAACGCAGAGACAGAGGACGAGGACGAGAACGAGGACAAGGACGAUGACGAUGACGAUGACGAUGACGAUGACGAUGACGAGGACAAGGACGAGGACGAGGACGAGGACGAUGAAGUUGACAGUGACAAUGACAUGGAUAAAGUUAAAGACGAAGACGAGGAGGAGGAGGAGGAGCCCCAGCAUUGUUUCCCAGAGUGGCUUGCCUCCCUCAUCCCCGUGGGCACAGCGGUGGCAGCAGAGGCAGCGCCUCUCCUGCCCAGAGCCUCUCUGGCCCCACAGAGUCCCACAGAGGCCAAGCCGGCAGCUGCUGCCCCGAGCGGAGCUGCUGGGAAGGAGGAGCCCCCCGAGGCUCUGGCUGCCCCGCAGGAGGCCCAGCUUCAGCAGCUGGAGAAGCAAGGUGGCCUGGAGGAGGCUGCAGGAGCAGCAGUGGCAGCAAGAGCCCAAAGGGAGCAGAGCCUCGUGCCUAGGAAAUCCCACAUGGGGGAAGAACUUAGGCAGCAGGAAGGUGUGCAGGAGGAAGAGCUGUCACAGGGAGGAAGGAACAACCCCCAAGGAGGGUCCCAGGGGCAAGAGUGUGCAGAACUGUCCCAGGAAGUGUCAGCCUGGGAAGGGUGCACGGAUGAAGAGAUGUGCCAUGGAGAAAUGAACAGCUCCCAGGAACACUCAGAGCAGGAAGAAUACCUGGAGAAAGGGCUGCUCCAGGAGCUCUCGGCCUGGCAGGAAAACAUCGGGCAGGAGCUGUCCCAGAGCGACGUCAAGAGCUGGGAGGAAGUCUCCUACUGGGAAGGACACAAUUGCCAAGCCCAUUCCCAAGAGGAAGCGUCCUUUGGCCAGGACGUGUCCCGGGGGAACAAGCAGGGACCCUCUGCGCACUCCAGCUGCGAGGACGGCAGCGACCCAGAGGUCGCGCAGGAGCCCUGGGAAGUCGGGUCCAACUCCCGUGCCUGGAUGAGGGCAUUGGCCGCAGAGCAGGACGAAUGGGACAAGCUGAGUGUCUUGGAGCUGCCCCUGGAAGAAGACCACCAAGAGAAAUGGAGAGUUUUUGCGGAAGAGGGCCUCCCGGUACCAGUCCCUCGUGAGGCCUGGGUUGUGGACCAGGCACCAGAGCCCUGCAGCCCAGAGCCGCUCUGUGCCUUUCCUGCCUCCCUGCAUGGCCAAGCCCCCGUGGGACACGCGGCUUCUCCCACCCGGGCCCUCCACGGGCAGCCGUGUGCCCCCAGGAAACGUGCCUCCCGCUUCAGGCGGGUGCUGCAGGCUCUGCGGGGGCUGUUCCGGUUCCGCUGCCUGGCACCACCGCCUGAGGAGUAGCACGGACACGGCAACGACAGCAGCCAUUGUCCCCGAGCUGGCCUCCCUGCGGGGCAGCGGAACCAAUGAGACUCGGAACGAUGGGAUCGGGGAACCAGCGGGAAAGGGAACAGGAGCACGGAAAAGACGGAGGUGGCAAAGAGAUGAUGAAGGUGACUAUGAAGGCAAUGACGAAGGUCAAGGCAGGGCAAAGAAGACAACUUGGAUAAUGAGGUAGACGGUGAUGGAGAAGGUGAUGACGAAGAACUAAACAACCGAGACAAGAUGAAGAAGAAUUUCUUAAGGAUACAUAGGAGAAUAAGAGUAGUGAUAGGAAUAAGAAUUUAGCAUUUUGCGUAGAAGAAGAAAAGGAAGGGGAAUACAAAUUUUAAAAUCCAUAGACAAAGAGGAAUAAGAAUUUAUAAAGCUAUACAAGAAAAAUAGUAAUAAUAAUUUUAGAAUUCCUAGGAGAAGAGUAGUAAUAAUAGGAAUUUUAAAACCUGUAGGAGAAGAGGAAUACAAAUAAGUCAAAUGUGAAAAUAGCUAGAAGAAGGGGCAGAAUACUGAGGAUAAGGAGAAUAAGAAGAUUGAUUUAGAAUUCCAUCAAUGGAGAGAAUAAUAUUUAUUAGUAAAUAAGGAAAUAAGAAAAAAUUAUCAAAUCAUUUCUAUUUCCCAAUAAAAUUUUUGAGACAC